CGGCUUAUACAAAAACAUUCUGGGUUUGCCAGCUACCAAGUAAUCAGACCAAAUAAUGUCUCUCCACCUUCUCCCUAUCGUUUGUGCCACAUCCUUCCCUUGCAGCAGCCUCAGUACGUUCCGGCGGAUCGCCUCCUUCCAACACCAUGGCAAUCAUCCAUGCUUCUCUCCACGCAUCAGAUGCAGCGGGCAACCUCUUUUACGGAGAUCAGCCAAUUACCAACCAAACUUAUGGUCUCAUGACUACAUACAGUCACUCACAAGUGACCACUCGAUGGAGGAGGAACAGAAUGCUGCAAGGAUAAGUAAAUUGGAGGAAGAAGUUGUGAAACUGAUACAGGAGGAGAAGGGACUUGAGGACCAGCUUCAACUAAUCGAUCACCUACAGCAGCUUGGUGUGGCAUAUCACUUUAAAAAUGAUAUUAAGGAUGCUUUAGGGAGCAUUCAUGGAUCCCUGGAAGACACAAGCAUGCUGCUGAAGGACAAUCUCCAUGCAACAGCACUUCUCUUCAGGCUUCUCAGAGAAAAUGGUUUCGAUGUUUAUGAAGAUAUGUUCAGCAGAUUCAAAGAUGAGAAGGGUCACCUCAAAACUUGCCUCCAGAAUCAGACUAAAGGAAUGCUGAGCUUAUAUGAAGCUUCCUACCUUGGAAAGGAGGGGGAGUUUGUACUGAUCGAAGCCAUGGACUUCACGACAAAGCACCUCAAGAAGCUCAUGGAAGAGGGAUCACUUGAGCCUCGUUUCAGGGAACAUGUGGCCCACGCCUUGGAGCUUCCACUGAAUUGGAGGAUGGAAAGGAUACACACCAGGUGGUUCAUAGAAACAUACCAAAGGGAAGCCACCAUGAACCCUCUUCUACUUGAAUUGGCUAGGCUGGACUUCAAUCUGAUCCAGAGCAUGCAUAAGAGAGAACUCAAAGAAGUGUCGAGAUGGUGGACCGAACUCGGUCUUGCACAGAGGUUGCCAUUCUCCAGAGACAGGUUGAUGGAAAACUACUUGUGGACAGUUGGUUGGGCCUUUGAACCACAAUUUUGGAGCUUUAGGGAGAUGCAAACGAAGCUAGUUAGCUUAAUAACUGUAAUCGACGAUGUUUACGAUGUCUAUGGUACCUUGGACGAACUCGAGCUUUUCACUAAUGUUGUUGAUAGAUGGGAUGUAAAUGCAAUCGACAAGCUUCCAGGGUACAUGAACUUGUGUUUUCUUGUAGUCUUCAACAUGGCAAACGAUGCAGGAUAUAGAGUCAUGAAGGAGAAAGGCUUGGACAUAAUACCCUACCUUAAGAGAGCCUGGGCAGAUGUUUGCAAAUCAUACUUGGUGGAAGCGAGGUGGUACCACCAUGGAAGUACACCCAAGCUUGGUGAGUAUCUGGACAACGCAUGGACAUCGGUAUCAAGCCCUUUGCUUCUGACUCAUGCUCAUUGCAUGAGCGAAGAUUUAACUGCUGAGGCAUUACCAAACAUCUACAAAUAUCAAGAUUUUGUGCGUCGAUCGUCCAUGCUUUAUAGGCUUUACAAUGAUUUGGCUACCUCGAAGGCUGAGAUGGCGAGAGGCGAUGUGCCGAAAUCUAUCGAGUGCUACAUGCAUGAGAAAAACGUGUCAGAGGAAGUGGCACGUGUGAAGGUUAGACAACUGAUUAGGGUCAAUUGGAGAGCACUAAAUGGAAAUCGUACUUCCUCUUCUCCACUGGAAGAAUACUUCAAGAGCGUGGUAAUUAACAUCCCUCGGACGGCCCAAUUCUAUUUCGAACAUGGCGACGGAUAUGGUAUUUCUGAUGGAGAAACCAAGAAUCAAGUCGUGUUAUUGUUUAUCCAACCUAUCGAGCUCUAGAUAUAUACCAAAAAUAAAGUGGUCGGAAUGGAUCUGAUGUUUCUUUGCAUAUGGAUCUCAUGUUGAUCUAAUAUUUCUUGAGGUCUUCGUGAAGUAUCUUCUCCUUCGAGUGGAUAUUAUCGAUCGUAUUAAUUUUUUUUUAUUUUUUUUCUACUACUUUUAUCUUGUAAUAGCCACCUUUAUCUAUUUUAUGAGGCUUCGUCAUUUUCAUUUCAUCA